AAUUUUGAAAGUGCCAGUGCCAGUUGACCACUCGCUACAAAACCUGAUGCUGAAGUUAGAAACGAACAUUUAAUCAUUGCAUUAAUGUAUUCGUAACGAAUAUUCUACGUUUAAUAUUAGUAUAAUUAAUUUACAAACGUAGUAUACCUUACAUAAGUUUUUAAAAUUUAAAUAAUUUGUGAUGGCUUCCUUUCAAAUCCUCGAAGAUCAAGAAAAUCAAAUAUCUAACAUUGGAAGAUUAAAGAACAAUCAAAUCAGGAAUAACGACAAGACACAUCAAAGGAGAACAGUAUUAGGAGAUAUCAAUUCAAAUUCGACAAGAGUCUGUACGAGAUCAUCAAAACAAGAAUCAAAAGUAGCGGAAAAGGUAUUUAAAAGUAGAAAUGACUUCGUUAUCCACGAAGAUGUGGAGGAGGAGCCGAGUGUCGGCAAUAUCAUCACUCUGGACCCCAAACAAGAAGCGCCAGCCAUUCCAAAGGCCAAAAGCAAGGCACAGGAAAAUGAGAAAGACGAGAAAUUGGAUCUCUCAGAUGCGGUGAUCUCUGUGCCCCGGGAGCCCCUGAAGGACUUGAAGGUGAGCGAACUCUUGGAUGAGGAAGAAGCCAUGUCAGAGAGCUACGACAGCCCACGCGAGACCUCGCCCAUGUCACUCGAGUCCGUCAGGAUCAGCUCCCCGCUGCUGCGUCACUCCAAGCCGUCCUUGCAGCUGCUCUACGACAUGGAAGAAUACAGGGAAGAGAUAUUCCAGUACCUGCUGAAGGCGGAGUCUCGACAGAGAGCGAAGGCGUUGUACAUGAGACGACAACCCGAUGUGACGUACUCUAUGCGGUCCAUUCUGGUGGACUGGCUGGUGGAAGUGGCCGAGGAGUACAAACUGCAGACAGAGACACUGUUCCUGGCCGUAACAUUCAUUGACAGGUUUCUCAGUGUCAUGUCAGUUGUCAAGGGGAAGUUGCAACUACUCGGUACUGCUGCGAUGUUUGUAGCUGCGAAAUAUGAGGAAAUCUACCCUCCAGAUGUGGGCGAGUUUGUAUACAUCACUGACGACACGUACAACAAGCGGCAGGUACUGCGCAUGGAGCAGCUCAUUCUCAAGGUACUCGGCUUCGACAUCUCUGUACCGACAAUAUACGCUUUCCUACAGCACAUCGCGGUCGACUGCAACCUCUCCCUGCGCCUCACCAGCUUGGCUCAGUAUCUGUGUGAGCUGACACUGCUGGAGGGAGAUCCGUACCUGGCGUACCUCCCGUCUGUGGUGGCCAGUUCUGCGCUGGUGGUGGCUCGACACUGCCUGGAGUAUGAUGAUGUUUGGUCCCCUGAGCUACAGAAGGCUACUGGCUACUCACUCCUCCAGUUGGCCCCCUGCGUCGCCCACCUCUGUGUCACCCACAGCAAGGCCAGUUCUCUGCCACAGCAGGCCAUUUGUGACAAGUACAAGACAAACAAGUGGCAUAAAGUAAGCGAAGUGAAGCCAAAGGCGCUGAGGCUAGUUUGAUACCCAAACUAUGAUCCCUUGUUCUGAACGGUGGUGUAACUAACCAACUAUGACAAGAAGAGCCCCCACAUCUACACAAUUAAUUAUACACCUCUUGCAUGUAUUGUGUGUUUUACAAUAUUUCUUUUAUUUAUUUGCUAACGCUUGAAUUUUAACCUUAUUAACAAUUUUUAUCGGUUUUAAUAUUUUUGGCGAUUUUUAUACUAAAUUCAUUGUUCUUUGUUUUCUUAUACAUAAUUUGAUUUUAAUGUAUUUUGAAUACCAAUAAACAUAAUUUUUGGCUUUAAUUGUCUCUAAUUUAGUUACUCUUGUUAUGUAUUACAUAAUAUUAUACUGGUGAUGUAAAUAUAAGUUAUUUGUACAAAAGUGUGUACACUUGUAACUCAGUAACUGGUGCAGCGUUGAUGUUCUGCAAUAGUGCCGUAGUGAUAUUUGUUGACAGUACAAAAGCUAGUGCCUCAUCUACAAUGUGAGGUUCACUUUCCAUGUUUUGUUACACUAGCUGUAAGUCUUAUCUUUCUGAUCAUUUUAAUUAUUGUUUAAUUUUGUACUUUUGUAAUUAAAUGUAUGUUUUCAUAAUAAUAACAAAGGUAAGUUUCGAUUAUUUAUGCUCCUGUGCAUUUCUACACUUGUCAAUUAAUUUGUUUUGUUGUGUUGAAUUAAAUACUGAUUGACCUUUUGAUGUGAA